CCACAUGAGAGACAUUUGUUUGCAAGAAUAUCGACUGAUCGAGACUCAAUGGGAAACAGGCUCAAACACAAGCAGUCCCUGUUUAAUGGAUACUAUGCGGAGGCUCCUUUGUACAAAAGGAAAUGUUUGGCAGGUUUGAAUGGCCUGCUGCAUUGGUCCCAGGAUCACAGGUCAAGCAAAGCCACAGACCAAGAGGGGAGGACUGCUGAUGUUAUACUGAAAGCAACCUGUGGUCACACAUGUCCACUUGCUGAUUUUGUUAAUGGAGAGCCAAAAUAUCCAAGUGGCACCAGAAGCUUCUCUGAGCAGAUCUCCUGUUGGGCUGACACACAGUACUCUGUGAGGAAAGUGCUCAGUCAUCUCAAGCUCAAACAAGCCAUCGAUGACACUUCCUUCCAGGAGUCGGUCAACAAGAAGUUUUUGGAAUUCCAUCGCGACAUCACAGAGGAAUGUGGAGCUGAAGAUAAACAACACUCAUGGGCUGUCAUUGAGAAACAUGACGAGAUUCUCAUGUAUGGCCCGUACUAUCCAAAUUAUAACAAUGGAAAACACAGCGAAGACACCAUCAUUAAACAAACCCAGGAACUACUGGAGUCAGAGUCCGUCUCAGAGGACUGGACUGUGUACGUCUUCACCAUGAACAGCCCUUGUUUGGCUAGAAACACUGAUCCAUGCAUGCUAACCUUGGUUCAGAAGGCUGAGGAGUGGUGGAGGCUCUAUGGAGUAAAGACUAAUAUUGGCUAUGUGAAAUGCUGGGGCUUCAAAGGAACCAAAGAAAACCUAUUUCGGGAUAUUAACUAUCGCCAGCUGGACUGUAUCAGAUCGAGUCCAGACUAUGGAAGUUACAUUAAAGCGGCUCAGGAAAGUCCUAAAGAGCUUACUCCUUUAUGUAAGGAUCUGUAUUGUGCUGUCAAACAGCUGUUGCAUGCAGGGCAAGUGGACUUCAGAUUCCCUUUGGUAACCACAAUGCAAGGGCAGGACUGGAGGAGCUGCUUCAAAAAUAUGCACAGCAUUUUAGAAUGUGAGCCAGAAGACAAGAGAGAAACCCUGACUCAAGACAUAAACACCGCGAUUGAAGCCGCCCAACUCCUGCUUUCAGAGGAACAUGCAAGUGUUGAGGAAUACUUGCAGAGAGGGAGGACGUUCGCUCUCGAUGACUCUUUCAGCUCCCAGGCGUGUGACCAAACGAGACUCGCUUUUCAACAGUGCUGGAUGGACAUGGUGCAGGAUAAAUAUGCAGAGUUCAUCAGGGAAAAACUGACUGAAGACUUCAACCAACGCGCCGUGCAGCUUUUCAUCAAAGACAUUGCGAGGUUUACCAAAGAAUACAUACAAAUAGGAAGGGUACAGCUUUCAGAAGCAGUUUCAUAA